CCGGGGAGGGGUGCAGGGGGUCCCACAACAUGUGAAGUGGCAGUGUUUUGGACCGUACUGGGAGCGACCGGGAACCACCGGUGAGGCGGCGGGGGAGCUCGGAGGUGGCCGCAGCGCAGGUGGGAGCCGCGCUGGGUUGUGCGGGGGCUCGGGGCUCGCUGCGGGCCUCGGGGGCGGCAGGGGGCUCAGACGUGUUGGUUGUGCCGUGUCCGGCCCGUGUUGCCCCUGGGCUGAGGGCGCUGCGGGAGCGGCUGCCCGCGGUCUCCUUCCCGCCGCUGCCUCGGCAGGAGCCGCUGCCGGAGCAGCGCUGGCUCGGCCCGGUUCCUAUGGCUAGGACAAAGGGGACUGCCCCGUCCCCGGAGGCUGCGCUGAGACCGCCUCCGAACUCCGCCGCCGCCUCACCGGGCUCGGGCCGCUGCCGCCGCUCCCAGAGCCGCACAGACGCUCCGGUAAUGGCGGCUCUGCCGAGCCAGGGGCGCCCUCAGGCCGGCACCGGGGCCGUGCUUGGCCCCGCUCCCACCAAUCAGCGGCCAGAAGGAGGAGUGACGGCAGAAUCAGCCAAUCGCGGCGAGGAGCGGGCUCUGCACACGGCACGGCCUCACUGCUCCUUCCCCGCUCUCCGGCAUUUCCCGGAACCCGCGGCUGAGGAGCGGCCCCGGCGCUGGGCCCGGCCGGGCAGGAGGCCAAGGAGCCGCUGCUGCUGCCCCGAACCGCCGGGAGCUCGGCGUGACCGGGACCUGAGGGCGCUGAGAGCUGGGGAUUUUUCAUUCCGAGGGAGUGUCUGGAUGGAGGAGGAGGAAAAGCCCAAGAGAUCCUGCACGAGGAGUGGCUGCAAACUCAGCCCAGGGAGCUGCGGGGAGGAAAGAGCCCCCCUGAGCCAGGAAGGUGUCCGGAGAUCCAGCCGGAGCUCAGAGCUGGUGGAGAAGCCCCAUGGCAGGGAGAAGGCACACAAGUGCUUGGAAUGUGGGAAGGGUUUCAGCCGCAGCUUGAGCCUGAUCCAGCACCAGGUGGUCCACACUGGGGAACGGCCCUACGAGUGUGAGGAGUGUGGGAAGUGUUUCAGCCACAGCUCCAGCCUGAUCCAGCACCAGAGGUUCCACACUGGGGAACGGCCCUUUGAGUGUAGGGAAUGUGGGAAGAGCUUCAGCCAGAGCUCCUGUCUGACUCAACACCAGAGGAUCCACACUGGGGAAAAGCCCUUUGAGUGUGGGGAAUGUGGGAAGAGCUUCGGCCAGAGGGGCCACCUGAUGCAGCACCAGGUGAUCCACACUGGGGAACGGCCCUACAAGUGUGGGGAAUGUGGGAUGGGCUUCAACCAGAAGGGCCACCUGAUGCAACACCAGAGAAUCCAUACUGGGGGAAAGCCCUAUGAGUGUGUGGAAUGUGGGAAGAGCUUCAGCCAGAGCUCUGGUCUGAGGAAACAUGAGAGGAUCCACACUGGGGAAAAGCCCUACGAGUGUGGGGAGUGUGGGAAGAGCUUCAGCAUCAAGUGCCAGCUGAUGGAGCACCAGAAGAUCCACUCUGGGGAAAAGCCCUACAAGUGUGGGGAAUGUGGGAAGAGCUUCAGAGGAAGCUCAGCCCUGAUUCGGCACCAGGUGAUCCACACAGGGGAACGGCCCUACACCUGCUUGGAAUGUGGGAAGAGCUAUGGGUGGCACUCUGACCUGAGAAAACACCACCAGCGCGUUCACACUGGGGAGAAGCCCUACGAGUGUCCUGAGUGUGGGAAGAGGUUUCCAAGGAGCUCCGAUCUCCUCAAACAUGAGCAGAGUCACACUGAGGAGAGGCCCUUCCGCUGCCCCGACUGCGGGAAGGGUUUCAAGCUAAACUCCCACCUCACUGUGCACCGGCGCAUCCACAGUGGGGAGAGACCCUACGAGUGUGGGGAGUGUGGGAAGAGCUUCUCCACGAGUUCAACCUUGACCCGACACCAACAGAGGCGCCACUAAGGGAAGCCCUGUGAGUGCCCCGAGUGCGGGAAGAGCUUUGUGUGCUGCUCCAGCUCCAUCUCCCAUGGGAGGAUCCAGGUUGGAUGAUCCCCAGUGACCCCCGUUGGGCAGAGCCCUGGUGAUCUGUGGUCCUGGUGAUCUGUGUUUGGAAGACACCUGGCCUGGAGGCUCCACAUCUUCCUGGUUCCCUGUGGGGAGCUAGAUAAACCCAGUGGUGGGAACAUCCUUUUGGACACAGACCAAGAAUGGGAAUUCCUUGCGGGGAGCAGAUUUGUCGACUUUCAACCCCAUAAAAUCUUUUGCAUUCAGUCCUAUCUGGUGACAUCAGGGAGUACUGAAUGGUCUUGGAGGUUUAUGCUGGGUUGACUGUUUGAUGGUUGAACCCCAGUUUGUUCUGUUUAUGCUGAAUAAUUAGUUUUGCACCUUAAAGACUUGUCCUGAGAGUGAAGGGGGGAGAGAAGCAGUGCACAGUUUGUUUUUAGACACUGCACUCACUCCUCCACAUUCCUGCUCCUGCACUGUGUUGUCUGUGGAUGGACAGACAGCGGGACAGAGCUCUCUUUUGCUUUUAGUUAGUUUUAGUUAGCUGAGGCAAAGAAGUUCCCUGAACAGUGGGUUUUUUCCCUUUUCUUUGGACCUGUUUGAACCUGCUCUAGCCUGAGCACCAGCAGAGCACCGGCAGCUCUCACCUGUGGCCAACCGGGCCGGGCCUGGGCCGUGGCAUUUCCAGCACCGGAUGGACUGAGAAGAGACUCAGUGAGCUGAGCUACAGCCCAUGGAGGGACUGAGUUUGUCUCUCUUUUAGAGCAGCAAGAGGUUUUAAAGUUUAAUAUUGUUUAGGUUUUAUUGUUUAAUAAACAGUUUUUUCCACUUUU